AUGCCCUAUAUCCAGCCGAACUUUGCUCGUUAUUGGAGGCUCUUCAAGAACAAGAUUUGGCGUCGCGAAGCUUGCCCUAGCCGAAGGCAUGAAGGUAGCGAUCGCUUCAUCCAAUGCGGAACGAGUAGAGAAUGCAGUGGAAAGACUCUAAAAAUCAUCAAACAUACGAUUCACCGCCCCCCUAUUGAUCGGAAAGCUCUCUUUAAGGUUCUUCAAGUCCCACUGGAAAUCGUCUAUACAUUCACGAGCGGCAAGGUCGCCGAGCGGUCAUUGCCUCAAUACGCAGUCUUCGCUGCUUAUGCGGCAGGUAUGGGAGGUGCCACACGGAACUUAGCUCUGGACUUGAAACCCAUUCGUAUCAAUCAGGUAAACCCGGAGAGAGUUCUUACGCAACCCUGGGGAGUGGGAGCGGAAGCUCGAGUUGAGGAGGCCGCAAAGAAUGCACUCUUGGGGAAAUUGGGUAGACCGGAGGACACGACCGAAACGUAUAUUUGUCUGAUGAAAGACACCACGGCGACUGGGGUUGUCAUCAACAACAGUGGAGGAGAGUUUUUGGUUGAGAUCCGCACCAAUGCUUCUCACGGUGUAUAG